GGUAGGAAAUUAGAGGUAAACUAUGUCAACAUUUAAUGGGGCAUAUUUAGAGGAACAAGGGAUCCAGAAGAAUGAUACCAUUAAUUAUGUCCCCUUUCUGAUUCUGACAGGCGUGAGUAGUUCCUUGUCGUUAUUGGGCUCCGUCUUCAUAUUUCUCAGUUACUAUAAAAGCAAUGAGAGGAGCUUCAAUUUUCGUCUGCUGGUGUUUCUAACAAUUGCAGAUUUCUUCAACGCUUUUGGGAAUCUGCUCGGAGUUAUUCGGUAUUCUGUUGUUGAUCCGGUGCUCACUAAUGACGACAACUGUGAUUCAGAUAAUCUUUGUGUCAGUCAGAGUUUUAUUACCGUCUUUGCUAGUCUAGCCUCGUUCUGGUGGACUGUGUUCAUCGCUCUUAAUCACUUCCUCCACCACGGAGGUAGCCGGUAUCUGGAAAAAAUUCCGGUACAAGUUGUCUGUCAUUUAUGUGGAUGGAUAUGCCCUGUCACCAUAGCUAGUGUUUCCUUACACUACGAUGUGUUGGGAGAAGGUCUGUCGGCCAGUAGUGGCCCCUGGUGCUGGAUCAAGGACUGUAACCUCAGCCUAUCAACCUCUUCCGUCUGGAUGGCCAUAACGGGGAAGGGCUGGGAAGUAACCACUUACUGCGUUACUUUCGCUUUCUACAUGCUGUUAAAAUUUCAAAAAUGCCGUAUUCAUAAGAAAGAAAAACUUUUAAGUAAGUCCAAUUCCAGUUCAUCCUACCAAUCAAUAUCGUCAGAGGAUGCAAACAGAUAUUCCAUAAAUCAAGAAAAUCACGAAGAAGAGGAGUUUGGCUUAUUAUGGAUUUUCCUCUAUAUGUACCUCACAAGACUGUGGGGAACCGUCAGAUACUUUAUCUUUGUUGGCCAUGAAGGAUCUAAUUACAAACCUUUCUUUGACAAGGCUGACGAUGGCUUAAUGUACCUGCAGAGCAUAGGAGACAGCGCCCAGGCGUUUGUCAACUUUUUAGGGUUUGUUGUGUGGCCCAAGUUGAAAAGAAAACAACAAUAUAAUUGUGAUACAACUACUAUAAAUCUAUUAUGAUAUUUAGUAAACCUAUUUGUGAAAAUGAACUUAUAACUUUUAUUUGUGAUUCGGUUAAAUUGCUGCGAGAUAAGGAUGUACAACGUAAGCAUUGUAUAUUCAUAAUGAAACUUGUAUGGGUUGUCCAUGCUCCAAAUGGACCGCUAUUGCAAGAGAAUACUUUGUAGUAAUUAUGUUUGGUUCCUUUUUCAUGAA